AUGUAGCAUUUUUGGAAUUAUUAACAACUACAUCAUGAAGAUUGCUGAUCUGCUAGGACCCUGGAAGCAUCAUGUUAAGGAAGAUAACUACUCGUUGAGACGUGAUGUCUUCACUUUACAAGUGAAAAUGGGGUGCUUUACAUUUGUGAAAGUUAUGAUGGUCUUAUUCAAUCUCUUCAUCUUUCUUGCUGGAGCUGCUCUUCUAGGUGUUGGAAUAUGGGUCAGCGUGGAUGGCAGUUCUUUUAUACGAGUCAUUGGACCUAUAUCAUCUCAAGCAAUGCAAUUUGUCAACGUUGGUUACUUUUGCAUAGCAAUUGGUGCUGUGUUAAUCCUCCUUGGCUUUUUGGGGUGCUGUGGUGCACAGAAGGAAAGCAAGUGUCUGCUAAUAUUGUUCUUUGCCAUUGUUCUGAUCAUCUUUAUUGCGGAGAUUGCUGCUGCAGUUGUUGCUUUGGUGUAUUCUUCCUUUGCAGAAAGUCUUCUACGUGCAUGGGUUACUCCAGUCCUACAAAAUGACUAUGGAAGGAAAAAUGAUGUGACUGGUAUCUGGAAUACUACAAUGAGUGAACUAAAAUGCUGUGGCUUCAGCAACUACACAGACUUUGGUGGUUCUUAUUACUUCAAACACCACAACCAAACCUUUCCAGCAUUCUGUUGCAAUUCAACAGUUGUUUGUACUGAGAGUGCAGCAGAUCAAAGUAAUGUACAGGGAUGUUUUCAUCAACUUUUUGACAUAUUGAAGGAGAAUGCUAACAUUGUAGGAGGGAUUGCAGCAGGAAUCUGUGCACUGGAGAUUGCAGCAAUGGUGGUGUCUAUGUACUUGUACUGCAAAAUUGAUGGCAAAGAAUGAAAUAUGAAGAAACAUUUCCAUAACUUGAGAAUGGAACUUCUGACAUGAGGACCAGUGCCAAAAAGUGCAUGAUUGUUUGAUACUUGAAGUUGAAUAUUUUCUAGUAAUGUUUCUGUGUAUCUUUUACAAUAACAUGAGCAAAUUUGCAUCACUUUAAUUCACUUUUUGUGCCUGUGAAUUGAAUGUUUUCCAGCAACCUACUUGAGCUGAUGCUAGAUACAAAAGCAUGAUCACAAGGUGGUUUUUCUAUCUUGCCACUAAGUAGUUUUUAGGGGUGUGAGGAAGUGAAGCCCUUCAGUGUGAAUGAACUGCCUCCUAACCCUCUUGUAUCAUAUGUUCCACUUAGUCUGUAGGAUGUGAAAAUUGGAAAAAAGCCACUAAUAUCAAUGUUGCAAAUGCAGCAACAUCUACUGUCAAGUACCUCAAAUGAUCUUAUUUAAAGAGCAAAAUAGCACAGGCCAUAACAAAUGUUACUGCUUAUUUGUGCUGUGAUCAGUGGAAUGCAAUUAGAAUACUUUUAAAUUAAGCAAAGAUGCCUUGAACAUAUGAUUCUUCAGUCAAUUAUUGAACUGGAUAAAUUAUUUAGCAUGUACAGCAUAAAGCCUACAUUCCUGUAGGCAUGUGUAUAUAUGCCAUAAGAUAUCAAACUGCUUAGCUCUGGUUAUGAAAACCAUUUCAAAACCAUUUUCAUUUGUAUAGCUUUUAUGUUGUCGCUUUUUUAAACUUGUGAAGCCAAUAAAGUUUAAUACAAGUA